UUGUCCCAUUUAUCAAAAAAAAAAAACACAUACCACUCACAAACAGCUGGACAGCAAAAGAAAACCAGAAAGAGCAUAAAGAGAAUACGUACAGAUUGCUUUCUCUUUCGUUUUUUGUCUAUAUCCACACAUACACGCAUAUUUACAGUUGAGAGUAAUUGCAAAGUUUGUGUGCAAUUCCCUUUUUGUGGAAAUUUAAGAGAAUUCUCUCUUUGCAAUAAAAAUGCGUUAGUAUCUGGUGAACACUCAAUGCAGUCGGACGAGUUGGACACAGAAAUUAUUCCAAUUUUAAGGCACUAACGCAUAAAAGAACAAAAUGCCGAAAACUAGAAAUAAAAAACUAAAACGCAAAGCCAUUUCUUUGGGAACCAAAAUUGAAAUUUUAGAUCGCCUUCGCAAUGGAGAAGGCUCCACAUUUCUGGGUAAAAUAUACGGCCUAAACGAAGCCACCAUAAGAACUAUAAAAAGAAAUGAGAAUUCCAUUCGGCAAUCGGUGAUUUCUGGAACGGAACUAUCGGCCAAGUUUUCAUCGUACACCAGAGAUGCCACCAAAGAAAAAAUGGAAAAGGCACUCGUAAUAUGGCUCGAGAACAAUGCAAAGAAACGGAUCUCCGUAGACGGAAACGAUAUCAAAGAGCAGGCAUUGAGGUUCUAUAAAAUGAUAAAGGACGAACAACCGUCCACCUCUACACAAUCCACUCAUGAGAAGACCUACCUAUUUUCUGCCAGCACAGGAUGGUUGACGGGAUUCCUCCAAAGGCAUGCGCUUCAGACCAUCAAAAUCAAGGGCGGAAUUGCCUCUGAGGAACAGAAAGCCGCAAGUUCCAUAGAAUUUCCCAUAAAACUUCAGAAAAUAAUUGCCGAUGGACUUGAACUUACAACUAAAUUGGGAUACCAUUUCGUCACAGACGAUCCCGAUUUCGAACGGGCUGCACAGCUCCACCGCGAGCUGGGCUCCUGUUUGGGUCGUUACAGAGAACUAUACGAAGAGGUGGAAACAAUUGGCCAACAACGGCACAUAGCAGAGUUCACUGUUCACAAUGUAGACGCCGAUCGAGCAGGAGAAAGUCCUGUGCAGGACUAUUCCAACGAUGAUAGUGAUAGUGAUCCUAUAGGCAUUCGAAGCAAGCGAAGUCGAUUAACUGAUGAUGAUGACGAUUAUGUUUAGGAUUAUAAUUUGUAGCUUAAAAAUUUAAUAACCCUUUUGUUUUGUUAGCAACA